AUGGUUGUUACAUCAAAGCAAAUUGAUCCAGAUCCAAAAAGAAAGCAUUCACUAAGAAUUCAUGCAAGUCAGUCGACUAUCAACAUUCUCCAGCGCACAGACUGCAAGUUUGAGUAUGAAAAGAGAGGAGAAACUUACUUAAAGGGUAAAGGAAAAGAAACAACAUACUGGUUGACGGGAGUUACAGGGCAAAAUUACAAUCUGCCAACACCUCCAACAGCGGAAAACUUCCAGAAUCUGCAGCAGGACCUGUCUCAAAUGAUAAAGAAGUGUCUAGAGAAGCGGCCCUCCAGCUUGUGGAAGAGAAAGACCCUUUCAGCACGUCACAGGAAGCUCUGUGUGGAAGUGGAAAUGGAUUGCACAGAGCAGCCAGAGUAUCUCCAGCUGGCCACCGGUGACAGUUUUAGCACAUACCUGUAAAUCCAACACACUGCCACGU